AGUCUCGCGAUGUUACGUGCAUCCCAUUCGAGUAAAACUGGAGGGCUUUCCAACGAGCAGCUAAAGUGCUAACUCGUUAGCAGUGGGGAUAACUUAUCUGCGACAGACCUCCACCUGUUUACAGACGUUUAUGUGAGUUUUUUUUAAAUUGUGUGCAGUCAGUAACACCAGUGGUCUAUACAAUGGAUUUUGAAGAUGACACUACUGUGUUAACAACUUUGAGGUCUUUCAAUACCUUCAUAAGUCGCCCUGAACGUUCUCAGCUGCAGUCGGAGCGAUCAGCGGAAAGUGGAAACCUGCAAAAUCAGUACAAACGCCAAAUGGAGCUUUUGGAAGCAGCAGAGCGGGUUCACACUCAGCAUCGCUAUCUACAGCUGGACCAGGAAAAGAAACAGAUGGAACUGAGUCACAAAAGAGCUCGUUUUGAGCUGGAGAAGGCGGUCUCUGAAAGUGCACGAGAUUUGGGGCAUGAAGUGGACCGGAAUCAAGAACUUUUGGGGCGCAUUAGAAAAUUGGAGGAAAGGGAGACCGAAGCCAAAAAGAACUUGUCAGAGCAGUUGGAGGAAAACAGUUCUCUGUGUAAGAAAGUGGAAGGUCUGAACAAGAAACUGGAGGAACGAGACACUCUGCUAAAUGCAGCCAACCAGACCAUCACUUCUUUGAAGGAUGAGAUUAGAGAUCUCAGGCAGAACAUCCAAAACCAGGAGUUGACUAUAUCUACCCAAACACUGGAAAAUCAGGAACUACAGGAACAGCUGGAUUUACAACGCAGAAAGUACCAGGAAGUUUUUCAACGUUGUCAAAGUCUCCAAGAUGCCCAGUCCUCAUGCUCAGAGCACAUAAUCAAGAUUAAGGAACUGGAGACACGUCUGGCGCUUCAGGAGCAGGACAUUGUUAUUGUGAAGAAUGUGAAGUCAGAGGUCGCAAGACUUCCUGAUCUGGAGAAAGAUCUUAAGCGCCUCAGAGAUGAAAAUGCCUUUCUCAGGGAGAGUAGAGAAAACUGCAGCCUCCUAAAGGAGAAGGUGGAAGGACUAAGGUCAAAGUUGGAGAGGAUGGAGAAAACUAAAGAGGAGCUGGUCAACAUGGAACUGGAAAAAGAGAGGCUGGCUGAGAAACUGCAGGCCUGGGAGAACCUGGGGCAGUCUACCGGACUGAACAUCAGGAAACCAGAGGAUCUGUCCAGGGAGGUGAUUCAGAUUCAGCAGAGAGAAAUUACUCUGAAAGAGCAGAACUACGCACUCGGCAGCCGUGUGAGGAGUCUGGAGCGUUCACAGUCGACGCUCCUGGCAGAAAUGACCCAGCAGAGCAGCAAAAUUAUGGAGGAACAGAAUAAAAGGGAAGCACAGGAGUCCCUUGUCCGGCGACUGCAGAGACGAGUGCUGUUGUUAACCAAGGAGCGAAAUGGGAUGAGGGCCAUACUGGAGUCCUAUGACAGUGAGCUUGCUCCCUCUGAAUACUCUCCUCAACUCGCAAAUCGACUCAAAGAGGCGGAGGAGGUUCUGCAAAGGACACAGAACCACAACAUGGAUAUGGAGGCCCAGCUAACUAAAACACAGGAGGAAAUGGGGGUGCUCAAGCUACAGCUACAAACAGUGGAGCUGGAGCUGGAGACUGCUAAGAAGGAGCAAGUUUCUGCUGCAGACAGCUGCUCUUCAGCCACCAAAGAAGAAGUCAACAUACUUAGGCAGAAAAUUGAAGAUUUAGAGAAGGAGCGACAGCGUUUGGAGGAGCAGAAUAACAAUCUGGAGAUGAGACUGGAAAGACACAACCUGCAGGGAGACUAUGAUCCAGUCAAGACCCGCGUAGUUCACCUGAAAAUGAACCCCACUGCUGCUGCUAAGCAACAGCGCCAACAGGAUGUGGAGGUACUUCGAGAGGAAGUGACACGGCUCAGGGAACUUGUGCGUUCCUUGCAGGAUGGAGGCGCAGUAGGUCUUUCACAAGGUGACUCCUACAUAACCUCCAGCCUCAACCUUAAUUUACCUCCAUCAGAAGAAGUUCUGGAUUUACGUAAGCAAAUGGAGAGCUCAAAGUUGACGAACCAGAGGCUAAAGGAAGUCUUUCAAAAGAAAAUCCAAGAGUUUCGCACAGUCUGUUAUGUCCUGACUGGUUACCAGAUAGAUAUAACAAUAGAGAACCAAUACAGGCUCACUUCAGUCUACGCAGAGCACAUGGAAGACUCUCUGCUCUUCAGAAAGGGAUCCAACGGAAACAUGCAGCUCAUGGAAACGGAGUUCUCCAAAACUCUAGGAGAGAUGGUGGCUCUGCAUCUGCAUCACCAGAAGAGCAUCCCGGCCUUCCUGUCUGCCGUGACCCUUGACCUCUUCAGCCGACAAACCACCAUCUGAUGUUUAACAGGAUGUCUUUUUUUUGUUUUGUUUUUUUUACAAAUAAUCCAAGAGUUUUUCAGCAGCUCUGACAUAUAAAUGGUUUGAGUGGUAUUUCAUUGAUUGAUGACAUCUUGUUGGAUAGUUUAAUGGUAAAUUCUGAGAACCCUGCUUGUUAUUUCAUCAGUGACUCUUUCAUUAAGUGACAUGAAGCUGGUCUGAAAGGACACAGAAACAAGUGUUUUCCCUUCAAACCUUUUUAAAUGUUUGCCCAGGUUUAGAAAUCUAUUUUUUUUCUGAUUUCUUAUUUUUCCUGUAUUAAAGAACUCUUAGAAGUACACUAGAGUUUUUUUAAUUCAUAUUCUACGUUUUAUGUGGGUCCUGGUAUAAUUUAGCAGUUUGUGUUUCUUGCCACAUAUUUUAGAAAAUCCGUUGACAAAAAUCAACCCAAUUCUUUUAUUUUUAAAAAUUGUUUAUUUUAAUUUUUUUUUUUACCAAAUUUGAAAUGUAUGCUGCAGUUUGAAGAUUAGGGGCAGGAAAACAGUCAAUAUUUGAUAUUUUCUAAGCCUGACAAAUUCGAUGCUCAUGGUUUUUAGUCCGAGCAGGCUAAAUGAGUCAAAUGCUCAGAUCCAGAAUAUUUGUUUGGUUGUUUAAUGCCCUGCUACUCUCAGAUUGCUUGGCUUUGUUUCUAUUAUCGCAAAAUGGUAAAUAAAUAAAUAAAUACAUAUGCAAGUCACCAAAGCCAUUUAAAAAGUGUGAAGUCAUGGAAAACCUUGUUUACUGUAGUAGAGAAGAAAGGAAUCACUUAUCAGUCCGUCACUCAGCCGUGGUGCUCUAGGCGUCUUCAGUGUGUUACACCACAUCAGUUAAAGGGUGAUGCUGUUUCAUGAUGCUUUGUGUUAUUUCCUCUGUAAGAGACUCUUAUUCAACUAUUCUGGAUAGAGUCGAACCCGAUGAUGUGAACCCACUGUACUCUUGUAACAGACCUUUGGGUUUUUCCUCCAGGGGUCUUUUGGGUGGAAAAAUCCUUGAGAAUAGUUUCAGUUUUAAUAUUGACUGUGCUUUAGUUUUUAAUAAAGUUCUUGAAACUCUUAAACAAAAAUUAUGCUUACUUUUAAGAGGCAACCAAUUAAAUUGACACUUUUUGAGCCUGUAUGUGCUGAUCAUAAACGCCAAAAAGCAGUUAAAUCUUUAGGCUGCAAUGAAUUGAAUUGGUGGGAAAUAAAAAAGGAGUAAAGAGGGAAGGAAUGAAGGAGUAGGAGAGAAAAAGGGACAUAAGCCAAGGAGGAGGCCACUUAUCAUAGCAGCGAUAUAGGGACUCCAGCUGGUGAAGCCAUAUGUUUCACUAGAAAACAUUUUUUCUGCACACUACAUGAAACAUACUGUCCUUGUUUUUCCUGGUCUGUUUUUCUUCCCUGUGCUGCACACACACACUCAUUUUUAAGACUAUUUUCUGUACAACCUGGAGCUCAACUGGUGGUCAUAUCGUAGAAGAUAUCACGUAUGCUGUGCAGUAUUCAUCAUUUAUCUUCAGUGAUGCGUUGUGACACACAGUCCCGUUAAUCUAAGAAAAUCAACCAUCUUUUUGUAUUUGAAAUCAAUAAAACAGCUAAUUUUCACUUGGCAAAAAUGCUAACCUUCAUUGGCUAAAGUUUUAAAACUCCAUCCAGAUGGUUGGAGGGGAUCCGUCCAUUUGAGCAAACUGUCUGUUUUCACCCCCGUGUUUGUGUUUUCAGCCCUGGCUGUUGUGAUGUUGCGGCUAAUUAAACUCCAUGACCAUUAAAGUGAGAGAGAAUGACACCUGGACGGGGAGCUGCUGCUUGAAUGCCAAGCUCAUUCCUGUGGAUAAAAACGGUUUCGGAUCCUGUUCAGUUUGGUUCUGUCACUACUGAGCAAAGCAUGGAAUGGUUGGAAAAUCGUCAGCUUUGUUUUAGCGAUGGAAUGUUUUUUCAAGUGUGAUGAAAAUGUUUCCAAGCUCAGCUUCCUAAAGAAAAGUUCUCUUUCAGAUAAACGUAUGAAAUGAAAAUGCUGAGAGCAGUCAGUGUUGAAAAGUAAUAAAGGGCAUUAAUGGGAUUAACUUGGGAUUUCUAAUAAUUUAUCUACUUCAGUGAUGAGAUUUACGUUUAAAUUAAUUGUUUUCUCUCCUCCAUGCAGUCCAAAUAGUCUGGAAAUAUAUUCGUAUACCCCCACCAAUAUUUAUGUUCAUGUUUCUUGGCAAGUUGCAUCUAUACCAACUGUUUCAUGUAGCCAUCAAUGCUUUUCACUCAUAUUGAUGACUGGAUGGAUUACAUGAACUGAUUUGUUUUUAUGGUACACUGAAAGCUUAGUCCACAAAUGUCCAGUUGGUCAGCAGUCAAGGUUAUGGGAAGGCUGUCUUCCUCAGAAUCAUCUAGCAGAGGAUUUCUGGUGAAACUGAAGGGUUUGUUGUUCUAUCAUCUUUAUGCCUUGCACCAGUAGCAUAUUACCACCACCAUGCUUCACUGUAAAUGAUUCUUUGGUUGGACAGGGGGUUAUGGUGGCAGAGGGCAAGACACUUCACCCUCCUUGCCUGCUCCUGGUGAUCGGUGGGGCCAGUGUGUUCCAGGGCUGCUGUGGCUACAAUGUAGCUCAUCAUCACCAUGUGUGGACGUGUGUGCGUCGGUGAAUGAUUGUUGUGUUGUAAAGCACCUUUGGGUGUUGUAGGACUCUAGAAGAUGCUUUACAAAUACAGUCAAUUUACCAUUUUCAGAUGAAACUGAAGAAUUAGUUGUUAUAUUUUGACUUUGUGCCACCACAGCAUGAUAAUACCAACAGUCAAGCACGACGGUGGUAAGUGAUCUUAGACGUAACAGCCUCACCUUGACUCCUCCAAACACAGUACUUUCACAGUCAAUUUGACCAAUAGUUCAGUUUUGGUGUGACUGGAUAAUAACGCGUUUCUCCUAAAGGCAUGUUGCUUAUCCACGUGGGCAGCGAUAGAUGUCUCCUCGGUAGCUGGGUUUGUUAGUUUUCACAUGCACAUUCUCAGGCCUAGUCCACACGUAGCCGGCUUUUUUUUUUUUUAACGAAUAUCCGCCCCUCCAAAAACUUGCAUCCACACCACCUCGUUUAAAAAAAACUCUGUCCACACGUACCCGGAUAAAUACGUUGUUAAGGACAUGCCAGACCUGUAGGCGGCAGUACUUCCCCCGUUCUUAACCUCAUCCUUCGUCUGUGGUCUUCCGCAAGGAAGCAAAAAGCGCUUGGACAAAGCGAGCGCAUAGACUGUAAAUACUGGACAAACGGAUUCCAUUGGCUUCAAUAACACGUUUGUUGUCUAUAAUGGGAGGUGGCCACCACCGCCAUUUUGACCAUGUCACAGGUUCCGUCCAGCCCAGACAAUUCCAUAAAAGGGAAGAGAGGAGGCGCUGAGGGUGUGGCUGUAAGGCUGGGCUCGAGUGACGACACCCAGGCGAACUAGCUACGAGCUAACCUGAAGCUAACCCUGGCUAACCCAAAGCUAAAGCGGAGGUGGGAGCCGAGCUAACGGAUGUAGCCACCUAGCUUCAACCCAACCGGAGCUAACUGGAACACCCAUCGACCUGAACCUCACACGGAGUUUAGGUGGAGGUUUUCUGCGCCUGUUCGUGAGAAGUACCUGUAUUAAAAAAGUUUUAAAUCGGUAAGUUUAUAAUUUAUUUCCGUAAUGAAUACAUUUUGCUUUGAGCAAGUUUUCAGUACAGUUUUUUUCGGCGCUAUCACUCCUGAGUCGCACCAGCCAUUAAAUGUAUCAUGAAGAAGAGAAAAUAUAUUUAAGUCGUAUUUUGGGGGGAUAUUUUAUUAUCUUUCUUACAAAAUCUGAGACCAAGCGUUUCACAUUGCAACACAAGCACCGGUAACCAUAACAGAAUGAACAGCCAGCAGAGGAGAGGAUGGCGGUGUUUGAAACCCUCCCGGCCGGCGUGUAGAGCUCAUUCCUGGGCUGGAGCCGGCCCUCAGCACCCCGCCACAGGCUCUAACAGAUGCUGGCGGUGUUUCAUAUAUUUCCAAAACGUAAUACUUGUUUGUAUCUUGUACAGCCAACUAGUCUUUAUUCUGGACUCAGUACAAUUUACCAAAAGUAAAGAGACAUUAUACAGAUGAAGUAAGCACAAGAUAACUUACUGGAAGACAGAGUUAUCAUCAGAACCAGAACAAGAGAGCCUGAUAACAGUCAUGUGAAAAUAACAGUUAAAAAGUAUGUAUGUAUAAUAGAAAUAAAAAUAUAUUAGAAUUAGUGUAACUCACUGUGAUCCAAACAAAUCAGCCAUAGCUGAUUAGUAAAUAUGACAUGAGGUCUGGGAGUUUUUAAGUUUCAUUCUUUUAUUACAUUUUUUUCUUAGAUCUAUUAAAAGGUCACCAUGGCAGCCUGUGUCAACGUCAGCUACACAAAGCAGCAAGUGUAAGUACCAAGUACUUGUCUUGACCACUUCAUGAAUGGUUUUGUACUUUAAACAGCUAGGCCAAACCUGUUAUUUUUUCCUCCAUAGCCAUUUGGAUCAUUGGAGACAGCUGAGUGAGGCGUGGUGCCCAGAGAGCUGCAGAGACAACCUUGGCCUCCCUGACGUCUGUGUCUCUUGGUGUGGUUGGGGCGGACCAUCGACAUACAUACAUGUGCCGACACUUUGCGCCCUGUUUUAUAAACUGUAGUGUUAAAAAUAAAUGUUUUUGCUCAA